UACGUCUUCGAAUGAAGCACUGCGGGAUGCUGGUAUGAACCUCUUAUUGGAUAUCAGUUCCUUCAAGGUUGGAGAUAUGGCUUGCUAAUAAUAACCGACAAAUAUGAAACCUGGAUUGAGUGCGGUUUCCUAUAGAUGGCUUUAAACCAUUUGAAAUCUUCACAAAUAUACUUUAAAUUCACAUUAAUUAUUGUUUUGACCACAAUUCACCUUCUGUGCAACUUCAAGUUUGGUUUCGCACCUAUGGCUAGUUGUCUGAAUACGUCUUGUCUAACUUCCUGUUUUCACCUGUCACGUACAGCUAGUUCAUAACGUAAUAUUACUCCAUUCCUUGGAAAAGAGAAGGUAUAUUCCUUACAGUUUUAACCGUUAACCAAAUAUGUUCAUUGCAAAGAGUCAUUCAAUGCUGUUUACUAUGAACAUCAUGACAGCGAUUACUAGCCUACUAAUAGCAGGUGGUGGUGGUGCAUUUAUGUUAUCAGAAGAAAUGAAUUUAUUACUUUUGCGUAAAACAAUAAAAAUAUUACACGAACAUGUUAAUCCAAGGUAUCCAAAUUAUGGUAACGGUGUAGGAAAGUUAAUUAUGGCGCUAACAGAGAAAUUUAGUAUUGUGAUCUUCACAUUUGGUUUCGUGAAUUUUCUUGUUUGUUUAGUUGGAUUAUUUGCUGUGUGUAACCAAAAAUCGACUGUAUUAACUGUGUAUCAAAUACUCCUGGGACUUAUUCUUAUUGGACAUUUAACCCUACUGAUUGGAUAUUAUUAUAACAAGCAAAAUUUCAAGGACCAUCUGGGUAGCACAGUAUCAAGCUAUAUGAUAGACUAUAUAUCAUUAAGAAGUGGGACGUCAGCAAGCAUCCUUGCUGGAAUCAUAAUGGCUAUGUUAAAUUGUUGUGGAUUUGAUGAUUAUCGAUACUACUGGGAAACCCCAAAUUUUAAUCCUAUGGAAACUUAUGAUGAUCUAAUCUACAAGGGUUUACUAUUUCCUCUGCCUUGUUGCAAGAUGGAUGAACAUCUACAAAUAAUCAAUAAAACAUGCCCAAUAAGAUUCACAAAAGUUAACAGUAAUGUUGGAAUUGGAUGCAAUAAAGUGUUCACUGAAAAGUUUGGAUUCUACACAGAUAUGUUUGUUCUCGCUACUAUCGUCAUUUUAACUAAUAGUGUAAUCAUGAUGUGCAUCACAGUCAAGGCACUUCGGGACUUUGAGCCAAUUGAAAUAUGA